CAGACCAGGGAUUGAACCCACGCCCUCGGCAGUGAAGGCAGUGAAAGCGUGGAGUCCUAACCACUGGACCACCAGGGAAUUCCCUCUAGUUGUUAUUUUGCUAGGGAUCUUCACACCUUUUUCCAUAGUGGCUGUACCAGUUUACAUUCCUCCUCACCCUCUCCAACACUUAUCUGUGUCUUUUUGAUAAUAGCCAUCCUAAUAGGUGUGUGAGGUGAUACCUCAUUGUGGUUCUGAUUUGCAUUUCCCUGGUGAUUAGUGAUUGCACUGGGUCUUGAAGGACAAUGAGGACCUAAUUAGGUUAGAAAAGUGGUGGUGGGAGAGCAUCCCUGGCAGAGGAAACAGCCAGUGCGGCCUUUGCACAUGCUGUUUCCAGAGGUGAGAAACAGCUUUGAGGGAACUAGUGGUUUCAGUCGUGGCCCCCAAAAGAUAAUGUCCUAACCCCGGAACCUAUGAAUGUAACCUUAUUUGGAAAAAGUCUUUGCAGAUGUAAUUAAGUCAAGGAUCUCGAGAUAUCCUGGGUUAUCCAAGUAGACCCUACAUCUAAAUACAAGUUCCCUUAUAAGAGGCAAAAGAGGAGAAGACAGAAGAGGAAAAAGCCAUGUGAAGUUGGAGACAGAAAUUGAACUCAAUUUCUAGCCUCCCUCCCCUUCCCUCGAGGUUGGAGGUGAGAGGUCGGUAAGUUAGACUUCUUCCUGUGCCUCCAAGCCCCAACCCUCUAAUCACAUGACUGGUUUUUCUGGUCCUGACCAGCCCCCAUCCUGAGUCCCUCAUUAGUGUAAACUCAGGUGUGGUCAGGGAGCGCCCCUCAUCUAUGAAUAACAAAGACAAGCCUAUCACCUGGAAGUUCCAAGGACUUAGAGUUUGUCUCCCAGGAAACAGCCGGAGACCAGAUGCAUUCUCCAAUAUACCACAACAAUGCCGAAGGGGCCAGGAUCCACUUGUUCAUUCAUUUAACAAAUGUUGACCGAGCACUUGCCAUGAGCCAUGCACAGUUCUUGGUGCUGGAGAUCCAGCAGGAUCCGGCCACAGGCAUGAGGGGCCCCGGGCCGAAAUGAUAGUGCUGGCGCCAGCCUGGAGCCCAACUACCUCGCUGCUGCUGCUGCUGCUGCUGCUGCUCAGCCCCCGCCUCCGCGGGGCCCCGGACUGCUCCUUCCCGCACAGCCCCAUCUCCUCCACCUUCACCAGCACCAUCGGCAAGCUGUCUGACUACCUGCUUCAAGAUUACCCAGUCACUGUUGCCUCCAACCUGCAGGACGACGAGCUCUGUGGGGCUUUCUGGCGUCUGGUCCUGGCCCAGCGCUGGAUGGGACGGCUCAAGACUGUGGCUGGGUCCCAGAUGGGGAAACUGCUGGAGGCUGUCAACACCGAGAUACACUUCGUCACCUCAUGUGCCUUCCAGCCCCUCCCCAGCUGUCUUCGCUUCGUCCAGGCCAACAUCUCCCACCUCCUGCAGGACACUUCCCAGCAGCUGGUGGCCUUGAAGCCCUGGAUCACGCGGCGGAAUUUCUCCAGACUCCUCCACCCUGCUGCCCCCAAGGAGUCCUGGGGCCUUGGGGGCCACAUCCCUGCCGGCCCCGCAGGCCCCUCUUCUGCUUCUCUUGCUGCUGCUGCUGCUGCCCGUGGCCCUCCUGCUGCUGGCUGCUGCCUGGUGCCUGCACUGGCGAAGGAAGAGACAGAGGAUGCCUUACCGUGGGGAGCGGAGGAGGACACUGAGGCCCAGAGAGAGGAGUCACCUGCCCGAGGACACAGAGUCGGAAGUUGGAGGAAGUCAGCUAGAAACUGGUCCUUUCCUUGGCCACGUUGCUCCUGUCACUGUCUCCCCAGGAUGGAGGCAACGCCAGCACCCAGCAGCAGCCCCGGCCUCACCCUCCCCACUCUGUACAAAGCCCUUGUCCCCAGGAAAUUGUAUAUAAAUCAUCCUUUUCUACCAGCUCUGGCCAGGCCUGUCUGUGGAUGGGACAGGGUGAGUGGAUGGGGCAGUUUGGGUUUGGGUCUUGGUUUUUCAGUUAAUGCAGUGUUUCAUUCAAUACCUAUUCUCUGAGGCCUCCUGGGCCCCACGGCCAGUGCAGGUCAGGGCUGGGACCCACACGUGAGUGAGAACCAGCCCCACCCUCUCAGGGUUCCUGGUCCAUGGGGGAGAAGACAGGGGCCCCAGAGAGCCCCAGUACAGGAUGACACACGCUCUAAUGGAGGUAGCAUAGGCACUGUGGGAGCCCCGAGGAUGUACCUGAGCCAGCCUGAGAUAACAGGGAAGCUCUCUAGAGAGAAGGACUCAAGCCAGAUUUUAGAAGGUGGGGGUGGAGGGAAGGGCAUCCCAGUCAAGGGGAACCGCCAAAGCAAAGGCUUUGUCCAGAAAGUCCAGAAAGUGAGAAGCUCCUUUGGGGAACACUCAGGCAUCUAUAAGUCAUUCCUUCAUGCGUUAGAUCUCAUGGGGAAGACUAGCUCCACCUUUUUGACAGGUGAGGACACUGAGGCCCAUACACGGCCAGGGAUUUAGCCAGAUCACAAGGAAGCCGGACAGGCACCGGAAUCCAGAUCUCUAAGCCUAGACUGAGCGCAAAAGGGCAUGCCUCGUUGCCCGCUGUGGGCCUACACGUAUUAUCGCUUUAGGGGGUAAGAGCGCUUCUCCUCCAGCCUUCUCGCCCCCGUCCCACCGCAAACACAGCGGACAACUCGCGCGAGGAUUACCAGCCCCUCCUAAAUACAGCAACGGAGGCUGAACAGCCCCGCCCCCGCAGAGCCCCCUCCUGCCCCACGUGAUCUCGCCCGGCACAGCCAUGGCCGCCUAGGUUCGAUAGAAACGAUACUGAUUGGACAGUCAAAAGACGACCCGCCUUCCAG